UAUGAUCGGGUAUGGUAUUCAGUUCAUACGAAUCGUAGGGUGAAAGCGCGAAAGCAAAACGGAAUUUCUUGAGCGUGGUUGUUUCAUAUAGGAAUGAUUAAAAACCAGCACCCUGGAUAUUGAUGAUAUGAUAUCAGCCUGUGAAACACAGGAGUUUGUACCAUUCGGGAGAAAGUACAUAGAAAAUCAUCCAGGGACAUUUCAGCUGCAAGUACAGAACCAUGUACAUACUGAGCAAGGAGUGCCCCUGGUCAAGUCAUUCAGAGACAUUUCCAUCUCAGAUUCAAAAAAGCCAAAAGAACAGUGGUCAUUCAGACGACAACAUAAGCUUUGUUCAAAUGAAGAUGAAACUUGUGAUGAAGAGCUCUAUAUAAGUGGAAACACAGUCAUUUGGAGCCAUGGGGGCCAUAAUGGGAUGCAGCAUGCCCUCAAAACCUUCACGAUGGACACUCCAGUUCUACAGGCUCUUUGGUUUGAAUUCAUUUUACCUAACACAGAGAUAGUGCCAGACCCACCUAAUUCAUUGGAUAUUGAGGGAAACCUUCAGUCUGGAAUCUGUGUGGUUGAAAUGGGCUGUGUGAGUUGUUUCUGUAAAACUGGAGAGGAGUAUUCCAUGGCAUUGCCGUUUCAGAUUGCAAAUACUUGGAAAAUGAAGAAUGGUCUCCUUUUUGAAAGAACAAUAUCAGUGGCAGAGACUGAUGGCAGGAAAAGAAAUUUUCCAAACCAGACCACAUUGUUUAGUAUGUUACACUGCCUGGAUGAAGUUUCUCCUGUAAUAAUGAAAAUGAGUACCAGUAGCGGACUAAAGGUGUCCUAUAUGACAGAUACUUCUCAAAAUAUUGUCUAUACAAGUGUAGAGCCAUCCUUAGCACUCACCUAUGACUCACAGUUAGGAAUUCAUUCAGCCUGGAAAAUUCAAAGAGCUAAGAUUGAUGAUUGCAGUUUAGUCUGUGGCACUCUGGACAACAGCCUUUACCAUCCUGUUUCUGGGACCCCACUGCACAACCAGUCCAGUUGCAGUUCUCGUUACUUUGGGAACAUUUCCUCCCAGUCUCCAAGUGUAUCUCCAUUGAGAAGUUCUUCAGGGAGAAUUAGUUCUCCAGGAUGUCUUCAUAUUCCUCAGCCAAUCACUCCAAUGGUUCCAAAUAUUGCAGCAUCCAGAUCUCAAUCACCAGCUGUUACAAGUGCCUCCCUUCAUAGAUUUCAUACACCAUCUCCAAGUUUGGGAAGACAUUCAGGAAACUACUUUAGAACACCACCUGUCUGCUCCAACAAUGUUUCUCUUAUCAAUGAGAGCUUUACAGAGUGGGUGGAACCUUUGAGACCAGAAGUUUGUUUAGAGCACAUUUGGACAGAGCCAGCAACAUCAACUCGAGAUGGAUCCCUGGGGAAGUCUAACAAAGCUUUCCAGAUGAAGGAUUUUUGUGGACAGCAGUACCUAUGUUACCUAAUAACGUACAGACAACAACUAAGAUGUGUAAAGUUUGAAGAAAGUAAUGAUUUGAGUCAACUGAUAUUUGGGUCUGUGUCGGUUAUCCCUGCUAAAGAUGCCCUUCCAAUUGAGAGUUUGAAUAUGUUGGUGAUACUUGACCCCAAUGGAGUAUUAUUUAUUUACAGUGGAGGAACCAAGAUAAAUCGUCUCCAUGUUUCAACACUGCCUCUUGGCUCUGGCUCAAUAAGCAUGUUGAAACCAGUCACCCCCAUCAAUAGCCCGCAGAGGGGAGGAAUAUUUACUUCUAGCAGACCUCCAAGUGCAAUGGAUCAAGCAGGAUUUGAUGAAGAGAUAACAAGACUUUCACCAGUACAAACUGAUUUGGAGGAUUCUUCGCAUUUUGAUGAAUUUCCAGUACAAUCUAGUUAUAUACAAGGUCUGAGGGAUAAUGUUGGUGCAAAAUUUACAAUUGAACUCAUCAAUGGUGGUAUGUGCAGAGCAGUAAUGCCCAAAUCUUCAGUCUCUCCUGGCAUUGAGAAAAGCCUGCAGUCUCUUCGACACAUGUUGCCUAGAGAGGUAGCAAUCACAGUCCUUGGUAAAUGGUACACUGCUAGAAAUACUCCAGGUGGAUUAGGAAACCAGUCAGAGUGGACUCUUUUAGCAAAAACUUUGUUUGGACUUAUGGGAUAUGACACAUCCAGACUAGCUUUAACGUUUCAGGAUGAUUUAGACAUGUCAGCAUCACCGUCAGCUGUGGCCAAGAAACCAAGGCAAUCUGAUCAUGGAUCACAAGAUGACUGGGAUGCAAUGAUUAGUUCAAAUCACCACAAAUCAGUUGAUUCUGCAUUUGAUAACCACCUUGGAUUUCAGUUUUCUUCUGAAGUCUUUCAAGUCUCUAAGCAAUCCCUGCCAGCUUCUGUUAACACCAGUGCUGUGUUAUUUGUGCAUAUACCAGCUGUAUUUAUAGCACUACAUCUUACAUUUGAGGAACUUAAUUUAAACACAACUCUAGCUGAAGAGGUUGAAAAUUUGGUGCCUAUUUUAUGUCAACUUGCAUGUGAUCUACGAAGAACAAACUAUGCAGAUUAUUACUGUAGAAAGUUUCCGUAUUUGUUUGACAGAUGUAGUGAUGGAACAAGUCAAAUUACAGAGGAGCAUCUUUCAAGAAUGCAGUAUCCCAAUGUGCCUAUGGACAGAGUGGUUUCUGUUGACUGCUGGGUUAGUCUGGUUCUGAAAGAGCUGGAAUGCAGUCCAUUCCCCUAUAUACCUGGUGUGUGUAAUCUUACCAAAAACAUCAUUUCGUUGUAUGCAGUGAUGAUCAAGCCGAAUGUGACAACAGAUCAAGCAGUGGAUCGCUGCUUACGAAGACUGGCACCAGCAGGUCACAGAGGCCCAAUAUCAGAUCUCUCUUUGUCUAGGAGUUUCUCGGUGACUGUUCCAACAACCAGUGUACAAGAACGAAUAGUGCUUUUCAUGACAGAUUUGGGUAUGACAUUGGAUGAUUUAGAAUAUUUACCCAUAGGAUUUUCUUUGCCAUUGAGAGAAGCUAUAUUUCACUGCAGAUAUAACCCUCCAUCUGAUUGGCCAGAGGAACCAUAUGUACUCAUAGGACGCCAGGAUUUAGCAAAGCUUUUAUCCAUGGGCAAGAAGAAAAAUGUGAUUCCCCCAGGAAUAUAUGCCUCAAAGCCUUAUCCAAGUAUGGAGGGGUCACAAUAUGAAGAAGAUGGCAUGGAGCACUUAGAUCAGGAGAAUCUCUACAGAAAUGCAACAGUAGACCUUACGCACAUUGACACCCCUUCCAACAUGAACACAUGGCCGCAAUUUCACAACGGAGUGGCAGCUGGAUUAAGAAUGGCAGACUUUUCACAGGUUGACUCCACAUGGAUUUUGUAUAAUAAGCCAAAAGGAAAUGAACUCACCAAUGAAUACGCUGGUUUCUUGAUGGCUCUUGGUUUGAAUGAACAUCUCAUUCAGUUGCACUCCUUGAACGUCCACGACUACCUCAGCAAAGGAAGUGAGAUGACCACUGUGGGAUUACUUCUUGGCCUGGCAGCAGCAAAAAGAGGGACAAUGGACUUUGCAACCACAAGGAUUCUAAGUAUUCAUGUUGCAGCUUUCCUGCCACCAACCUCAACAGAGCUAAACGUACCUCACAAUGUCCAGGUAGCCGCGAUUUUAGGUGUUGGACUAGUGUACCAAGGAACUGCUCACAGACACACUUCUGAAGUACUGUUGUCAGAGAUAGGGCGGCCUCCAGGACCAGAAUUGGACAACUGCACAGACAGGGAAUCCUACUCCUUGGCAGCAGGAAUGGCUUUGGGUCUUGUGAUGUUUGGAAAAGGCAAUGAGGUGAUAGGAACAUCAGACCUGGGAAUGGCAGAUACUCUUUGUCACUUCAUGACUGGAGGACACAAGCGUCCCCUGAUUGGGAGCAAUAAAGAGAGAUACAAGGCUCCUAGCUAUCAGAUCAGGGAAGGUGACAAUAUUAAUGUUGAUGUGACUUCACCUGGAGCAACACUGGCUCUCGGCAUGCUUUACUUCAGAACAAACAACAGUGCAGUCAUUGACUGGCUAAGGGUACCAGACACUCAGUUCAUGUUGGACCAAGUCCGACCUGAUUUUCUGAUGUUAAGGAGCAUAUCUCGUGGACUUGUUAUGUGGGACUCUGUUGUCCCAAGUUUUGAUUGGAUCAAGUCAAUGAUUCCACAAAUAUUGCAAGAAAAGGCGUUUGAGAGAAAACAAAGAAAGGGUGAAGAUGUAAUGAUAGAUUAUGAAACAAUGAGUCAGAGUUACUGUAAUGUGGUCGCAGGAGGCUGCAUGGUUAUUGGACUGAAGUUUGCAGGAACAGCCAAUCAAAUGGCAUUUGGAACACUGAUGAAGAGCAUCAAGCUAGCCUUGACAAUCAUGUCCAGCCAGUCUCAUGUAGAACAGACAGGGAGAGGGGUCUUAGAGAACUGUAUGGUGACCAUCCUUCUCUCGCUGGCUAUGGUGAUGGCAGGUUCAGGAAAUCUUGAGGUCCUUAGACUUUGUCGUAUGCUGCGUGCCCGGAUUGGACCACCACACAACAUCUUUGUGACCUAUGGUUCACACAUGGCAAUAAGUAUGGCUGUUGGAUUACUGUUUCUUGGGGGUGGCAGGCAUUCAUUGAGUACAACCCCAGAAGCAGUAGGUAUUAUGCUGUGUGCGUUCUUUCCUAAGUUUCCAUUCCACAGCAAUGAUAACAGGUACCAUUUACAAGCCUUCCGUCAUCUUUAUGUUCUGGCUACUGAAGCCAGGGUUGUCCUUCCCAGAGAUGUGGAUUCAGGGGAACCUUGUUAUGUACCUAUAGAAAUCAAAUUCAGGGAUACUGGUGAAUAUUCUGGAGAAUCUUUCAAGUCAUCUGCCCCCACUCUUCUACCUCAGUUACAUAAGAUAGAGGAGGUCAGAAUACUCGGGCCUAGGUACUGGCCCAUUACAUUUCAAACUGAAAAAAACUGGAAAACAUUACAAUUACUCUUAAAGAAAAAUGGUGUUUUGUUUGUGAAGCAAAGGGCUGGCUAUUUAUCAUAUGUACUGGAUCCAAAGGGAUACAGAAGUGUGCUGGCAAAGUCACUGACAAGUGAUCACUCGAGCCAUACUUCAGUUCAGCCUGAUGUUAUUAAAGCUUUCACAUCUGAUCCUGUUAUAAUAUCAAUGGCUGAUUACUUCCUGAAGGGAAAAGAAGAUUGUCAGGGAAGCAGAAUUUUACAGAAGUUGUCGUCUGUGUUGUAUUCAAGUGUGACUUGCGAGAAACCUGAAGUUAUCUCUGCUCACUUGAGACUUGAUCAGCUCUUGAACCAGUCCAGUUUUUCAUUGUCCCAACUGGGGAUUAGACAACUGAGGAACAUUUUGUCAUUCUACUACAGCUCAUUUUGCUUUUGGAAAUCAGACAGUCGUUCCAUUUCUCAGCUGCUGCAAAUGGAAUUUCUUUUGGCAUUGAAGUCACAGUUAGAAAAUAAGCUUGAUGAAUGGCAGUCAGGUAACAUGGAGGUUAUUGUGAAAUACCUGAAAAUGAAUACUGUUACAGGCAGUGACCUUUUGUCAGCCUAUGUCACGUGGUAUGAUAUUCCAACACCAGAGGAGAUCUCAAAGAUUGUAGUGGAAGGGGGUCCAACAUUACCAGUUCUUUGUGCUGCUCUUCCACACCUACCAGUGAAAACAGUAAUGCAGAUUCUCACUGCUUGGCAGGCUGCAGUGUAAUGCAGAUUCUCAAUGCCUGGCAGGCUGCAGUGUAAGAAGGUCUGAACAGUAAUGCAGAUUCUCACUGCCUGGCAGGCUGCAGUGUAAGAAGGUCUGAAAAGAAAUACAUUUCAACUGUGUGAAUUUAUGGAGUUGUGUUGAAACUGCAGAUGCUGUUGUCAUAGUGUUUGUAAUUUUUUAACUUGCAUUUCCAUUAAAAAUAAAUAUUUUAAUGUGUC